GUAUACUUCAUAAAAUGAACUUGAAGUACACAUACACUCAGUGGAGGAAGACCGAUCAGUUCCUGGUGUACUUUGAAUCUUCCAAGAAGGGAUACCUGGUGUAGGGGAAUUUUACAGCUAAAGACCAGAUAUGAUGAAUGAAGACCCGGAGUCAGAGUUUUCACAUUUAGUCAGAGUACAUUCACAUUUCCACAAUAAUUAUACUCUAACAGAGUCCACUGAAUACGUCAUUACUUCAGGUUGAAUGAUUCCCAAACACCUUAUAGUGUCAUCAUUUGAUGCAGCACAAGUUCCCUCGAAAGGCAACAUCUCAGGUUAUGACUGUAACCUUUGUUCACUGAGAAGGGAACGAGACGCUGAGUCCCUUAGGCAUACUUCAUAAAUGCCUGUAGGGUCUUGCUUCUAAUAUGUACCGGCUUCCCUGUGUAUCUUCUGUGGUGCAUACGUGCUUCAGAUGCAGUCACGCAGAGCCAUUCCCCAUAGUGUCGUCAUUCGACACAUCUCUUUCCCGCCUGAGGGAACAAAGGUUACAGUCGUAACCCAAAACAUAUUUGCAGUCUAAAGUCUAUUGGACAGUUUAAACAAUUGUUAUUAAAACUAAGAGAACGUUAAUUCAGCUGAUUCAGUACAUCACUAGAAACCGAGAGCACAACAAUUAUGAUUUUUAUAACGGUUUUAAUGCUCAAUGUGUGGACUAUAUCGACAGAUGAUGUACUUUCACCAAACAUAAACAUCCUUGAAAAACUGGGGAAAAUAAAGAGCAUGGAAACAAUAAUGAAAUCUCUGGAGACUAAAAUAGAUCAAAUAAAAACAGAAAACAAAGCACUGACUACAAAUCUGAAAAAACUGGAGGAGAAGACCGAUGCUUCAGAAAGGGUGAAAGUAGCAUUUUCAGCCACACUGUCAGCUUUAGGGAAUAGCCACAAAUUUAUUGGCCCUUAUCAAGAAGCAACCUCUCUUGUGUAUGAAAAUGCGCUAACUAACAUUGGAAAUGCUUACGACACAAAUACAGGAAUCUUCACUGCACCAGUAAAAGGAGUGUAUUACUUCAACUUUGUGGUCUUCAAUCCUUGGGGCAUGUCGACCGGUGUGAAACUGUUAAAAAAUGGCAAUUUUGUGGUCGGAGCAACCGAUAACCCUCCCGGGCAAGACACAGAGGACACUGCGAGCAACGCUGUCUGCCUUCUGCUGGAACAAGGGGACCAGAUCCAUCUUCAGCUUUGGGAGAACCGUCGUAUCUACACAGAUGGUUCUGGAGGUUGGAGGUUGGUUUCAGGUUGGAGCAGGCUCGUGGAAGGCUGGAGUGGCCUCGUGGAAGGUUGGAUCGGCCUUGUGGAAGGCUGUAGUGGCCUCGUCAAAGUCUGGAGCUGGCUCGACGACUGGAGCGAAGUCUGGAGCUGGCUUAAACUCUGGUGCGGAGUCUGGAACUGUCUCGGGCUCUGGUGUGGAGUUUGGAGAUGACUCUGGCACUGGAGCUACCAUCUUAUCCGUAGACACUGGUGGGGUGGCCAUCUUGUCCGUAGACACUGGGGGAGAGGCCAUCUUGUCCGUAGACACUGGUGGACUUGAGUGCAAAGCUGGCGGGCUUGAGUGUGUAGCGGCUGGCAGAGGCUUUGGAAUGCCAGCUGCUCGUGCUGAAGUCAGUGGUGGAUCGUCCACACUGGACAACAAUCCUCUCCUCUCUCGGACGGGUCCAUAGAUGUGACGUGGCUGUUGGUGAUCAGCAGAGACGUGACUCUGGGCGAUAAGCGGAGACAUGACGUGGCUCUGGAAGAUCAGCGGAGACGUGGCGUGGCUCUAGAAGAUCAGUUGAGACGUGGCGAGGCUCUGGGAGGUCUGCUGAGACAUGGUGAGGCUCUGGAAGAUCAGCGGAGACAUGAUGUGGCUCUGGAAGAUCAGUGGAGACGUGGCUCCAAGAUCAGUGGAGACGUGGCUUUAAUUCAGAUCAGUAAAAUGUCAUAAAUGUCAUUACAUUUAACAGCUCACACCAUACUUAACUAAAACUGCACACAGUCAACAAGAUAGCAACCCAAGUAUGUAAUUGCAAGUAUGUAAUAUUAAAAAGAACUGUUUGUAAUUAUUUCUUUCUUUUUCUUGUUUUUUUUUUUUUAAUUGGAAUUAUUGUUCAUUAGUUACAUUUGCAAAACAACUUAAAAUGUAUAAUGUGCAGAUCCUCAUGAUUACUUAACAUUUUCUUUAGGAAAACUGCAUCCUAUGUUUUGACUUUACUUAAAGCCUUUAACAGUGCAUUUAUAGAGGUUAGUAACUAUUAUCACUCACAAUAUAAAAACACAACACGGUAUUAAUAACAAUAUAUUCACUUAUUUGACAGAAAUAAAUCUGAAUUACUAAAAUGUCAUUGUUAUAUAAUAACAUUAUAGUGAUGCAGGUUGCAUCUUUAUAAAUUCAUGGAAUCGACUGAUUAAUUAAUACUUAUAAAUCAGUGUAAUGGAUUAUAUGGAUUAUAAAUCAGUGUAAUGGAUUAUGAGCAUGCAUAUGCGGAUUAUGAGUAAUCGGAUUAUGAGUAAUGCAGUAUAUUACCAUGUAAUAAUUUAUAGAAUAUUUAGUCUACUCAUAAAUAAGUAUAAAUGGAGCUAAAAUUCAUUAUAAUUCAAUAUAACUUAUUUGUCACAAUAAAACAAUGUAAAUGGUUGAUCAAUGAUGGAUUUGUUCACUACUAUUAUUGGUAUUCAUCAGUUAUGUAUGUGUAUAUAUUAUAUAUAUUAUAUAGUAGUAAACAUUUGAAGUGGAUCAAAACCUUUCAUCAAAGUUGUCCUAAAACCUUUCUCUUAGGACAACUUAAGUCUUAGGACAAUUUUGAUUAACUUUUUGAUCCACUUCAAAUGUUGACUACUGUAUUUUAUAUAUAUAUAUUUAAGUUCAAGUUCGUAGGGAAAGAAGAGGACAGGGUCGGCUUUGACUACUGAUUGAGCUUUUAUUUCAUAAAACAAGUCUCCAACAAAAAGUCUGUGCAACUCGCAACAAAUAAUCCACAUCCGCAGAAGGGCUUCACUCCAGUAACGAUCUACAGAUCAGUCCAAAGGUUCUCAGUCAGUAGUCCCUCUCUCUCUCUCUCACACACUCCUGCUUCUCCUGGCGUAUUAUCCUGUCUCCACGGCAAACCACCUUGAACUUAAAAGGCUGUAAAGCCAGAUACCAACGGGUGAUCCGCGCGUUGGUAUCCUUCAUGCGGUGGUACCACUGCAGAGGAGCGUGGUCCAAACAGAGGGUGAAUUCCCGUCCCAGGAGAUAAUAGCAGAGGGUGAGGAUGGGCCACCUGAUGGGUAAACACUGUUUCUCCACGGUGAUGUACUUAGCUUCUCUCUUAGAGAGCUUAUGGCUAAUGUACAGCACCGGCCGGUCCUCCCCCUCUAUCUCCUGGAACAGGACAGCACCCAGCCCCCUGUCCGACACAUCAGUCUGCAACACAAAGGGGAGAGAAAAAUCGGGAGAGAAAAAACAGGAGAGUGAAGCAAUGGCCCGCCACAUAGAGCAGCCUUCACCUGGGUAAAGGCCUGCUGGCACAGCUUCGUCCACUGGACCGUAUCUGGUGCCUCCUUUUUAGUUUGAUCAGUCAACGGGCUGGUGAGGUCCGAAUAAUUAGGUACAAACCUUCUAUAAUAUCCCGCCAGCCCGAGGAACUGUCUAACCUCCUUUUUGGUCUUGGGGCGCGGACAGGUCUCAAUCGCUGCUGUCUUAUCAAUUUGGGGACACAACUGUCCAUGUCCCAAGUGAAAGCCCAGAUACCUUACUUCCACGCGCCCAAUCGCACACUUCUUCGGGUUGGCCGUGAGCCCCUCAGGACGGCCCUCAAAUGCUGCAUAUGCCGCUGCCAGUCAUUACUGAAGAUAAUAAUAUCAUCCAGAUAGGCAGCAGCAUAUGCACCAUGGAGCCCCAAAAUUUUAUCCAUGAGAUGCUGAAAGGUGGCCGGUGCCCCAAACAGCCCGAACGGAAGUGUAACGAAUUGGUGUAAUCCGAACGGCGUCGUGAAAGCGGUCUUUUCUUUGGAUAAUGGCGACAAGGGGAUCUGCCAAUAUCCCUUUGUUAAGUCCAGUGUCGAAUAAAAUUGAGCCGUACCAAGCCGGUCAAGCAAUUCGUCCACCCGUGGCAUUGGAUACGCGUCAAAUUUCGACACAGCGUUCACCUUGCAGUAAUCCACACAGAACCGCACUGAGCCAUCUGUUUUGGGAACCAAAAGUAUCAGGCUCGCCCAGUUACUGCUGGAUUCUUCUAUUACCCCCAUUUCAAGCAUUGCUCCUAAUUCUGCCUGUACUACCUUUUUCUUGUGUUCAGGCACACUAUAUGGCCGGCUGCGAAUCACCACACCCAGCUCUGUCUAGAUGUGGUGCUGAAUGAGGUCCGUACGGCCCGGUAGGGGAGAAAACACGUCAGCAAACUCUGCUUGUAACUUAGUCAAAUCAGUGAGCUGGGAGGGUGAGAGGUGAUCAACCCCUGGGGCCAGAGCGAGGGAUUGUUUUUUAUAUAUUCGCCUCUGGCCCGAGAUCAUCCUCCCCGCUAAUCACUGUCGCCAACAUCACUGAUUCUGCCUCAUUCCAUUUUUUUUAGGAGAUUGAGGUGGUAAAUUUGACGUGCUCCUCUCCUAUCGGAACGUAUCACUUCAUAAUCAAGCUCGCCAACUUGCCGUGUAACCUCAAACGGUCCUUGCCACUUUGCAAGUAAUUUUGAACUUGAAGUGGGGAGCAAUACAAGCACUUUAUCUCCCGGUGAAAAUUUGUGCAACUUAGUCCCCCUGUCAUACAGUUGGCUCUGUUUGUGCUGUGCUUGUAACAAAUUCUCUAUGGAUAGCCGCCCCAAGGUGUGGAGUUUUGUUCUCAAGUCCAGCACAUACUGAAUUUAGUUUUUAGCCUGAGAAGGUCCGUCCUCCCAAGUCUCUCUUAGGACGUCCAGCACCCCGCGUUUGUGCCUUGAUCAGUGAGGAUUUCUUUCGGAAUCCCCACUCGGGAGAUUAGACUAAACAGUGCGUCCGCAACACUCUUAGCGGAAAUGUUGCUGAGAGCCACUGUUUCAGAAUAUCGUGUUGCAUAAUUCACAAUGACUAAUGCAAAGCGCUCUAAUGGCCCGAUGAGGUCCAUACCAAUUCUUUCGAAGGGGACCUGCAUUAAUGGGAGGGGGCGCAAAGGCGCUUUUGGAGCGGCCGGUGGAUUUACCAACUGACAUUCACGACAAGACGCGCACCACCUGCGCACGUUCUCGUGAAUGCCCGGCCAAAAGAAUCGGGUCAUGAGGCGAUUUAGUGUUGCUGUUUGUCCUAAAUGCCCAGCCAUCGGAUUAGAAUGAGCCGCUUGCAAAAGCAUUUCCCUGCGGCUCUUUGGAAAUAACAAUUGGGUUGUAUCUUCCUUUGUCUGAGUGUUUUGGGUCACUCGAUACAACCUAUCUUUUAUGAUCGCAAAAUAUGGAUAAGAAAGCGGACGUCCAGGCUGGAUAGGCUAACCGUCGAUGGUACUGACCGUUUCAAAGGCAUGUUUUAGCGUUUCAUCCUGAGAUUGCUCCAGAGGAAAAUCAUCGCGGUCAGAAAGAAUAAGUCUUCCGAUUUCGCUGUUCCUCUGAGGCUGUACACACUGGUCCCCAGGCAGUCUCUCCCACCUGCACUCGGGCAUCCUUAUCCAGCGUCUUUUCCCCCCAAGAGGCAUACGAGCACAAACAACCCAAUAAUUUGUUAAAUGCCGCACCUCCUGACUUAUAGUAACAUUUAAUUAUGUUAGCUAUGAUGAAAAAAGUAUCGUUAAAUGUGUUCAUUGAUUUAAAUGAUGUAUAUCAUGAUGCUAACUAAUUAGCAUCGUAUGCUUAGCAUGCUCUAGUAUACCAGAGAGGGAGAAGCUGUCGCCCUGUUGCUCCACUGAUUAUUUCCAUUAAUUACAGGUAUGUUCGAUCAAUCAGUUCUGUUUCAAAAAGAAAAGAGAUUUAGUUGACUGAUAAUGAAUGUAUAUUGUACAGAGAGUGUGUUAUGAGAGAGAAUCGGAUUAAAUUGUUUAUGCUGACACACUUUGUGCGGCCUGCACAUGGUACGGUGCUGAAUAUAUCCCAUGUUUUAUUCCAUUUUUGAUACGUGAUGAGUAGAAAUAUGGGUUUAUAUGAAACCUAUGGUAUUAUAAUUGUUUUAUUAUAGAAUGUUAUAUUGUAUAAAUAUUUGAAUUAAUGCAUAUGUUAAUAAUGUAAUAUAGGUAUUGUAUUUAAUAUACUAUUGUAAUAUACUAAUUAUUUUAUAUUAUACACUACUGUGAUAUAUUUAUUGUAAUAGAAUAAGAAUAUUGACCUGAUGUAUAAGAAAAACAAGAUAUUUAUAUAUUUAUAAGCAGUAUAAUUGAUUUACAUUUAUAUAAUUCUUUUCCAUUAUUGUAUAAUGUCAGUCUACUUGUGUAUGAAGCUGAUGACGCAUGUGCUUUUCGCUUCUCCCCGAAAAUAUCCUGUAUGCUCUAGUAUACCAGAGAGGGAGAAGCUGUCGCCCCGUUGCUCCACUGAUUAUUUCCAUUAAUUACAGUGCUGAAUCUCAACAA